UCAGUAGCUCUUUUAAGGGCAUGCUCCCAGUGACCGGAGUCCUCCCACUAGCUUCUAGUUUUUUCUUACAAGUUUUCACCUCCCAGUAGUGCCAGGUUGGGGAAUAAGAAUUUCCUACAUGAGACUUUGGAGGGUAUGCAACACCCGAUCUAUAGCACUGUAGUCAUAUUCUAUAUUAUUAUAUAACAUUCUUAUUUUCCUUUACUUUUAUAUAUUCAAAUUGUUUCUAUUGUUGCUUUAUAAGGCCAGUGAUUGCUUACCAAUUUUUUAGGUUAAUUAUUCCUUUUUAUUUGGUUUAAUCCUUUAAGUUCAAAAUUCUUUAAAAGACUCUCUAGUGAAAGCCCAUUGGUCUUGUUUGAUAAUAUUAUUUGCUUUAAUUAAAAUCUAGGUUGGCAGUUAUCUUCCUUUGGCACUUUGAAGUCACACUCCCAUUGUUUCUUGGCUUCAGUGUUACUAUGGAGAUGGCUGCUUUUCUUGGUGUCAUUUCAUUGAGAGGUAAUCUGACCUUUUUAAAGACUCUCAAGAAUCUCUGCUACUUUAUUUUGUAAAUUUUACUUCUGUGUCUGGUGACACAUUUUAUUUACAUGCACACUCUUCAUAUUUCCCUCUAGGUUUUUGAACUUUUGCACUUUAUUUGGGGUCAUUCCUUCAGAUCUCUCAGUUUGUAAUUUUCUGUUAAGAUGUUUCAUAUGCUCUUUAUCUCACUACUGCAUUUUAGAUGCCAGUAACUGAAAAUUUCAUUUCCAGAGUCUUUUUAAAAUUUUAAUCUUGAAGGUAAGUGUCUUUUCUUUUCCUCCUUUUCCUUCCUUCUUUCUUCCUUUUUCUUUUUGAAACAGGAUCUUACUGUGUAGCUCUGGCUAGCCUGGAACUCCCCAUGUAGAACCAGACUGUCCUAAAAUUUAGAGAUCCACAUGUUCUGCCUCCUGAGUGCAGACAUUAAAAGUAAUAUAUGCCACUAUGUUUGACUAUCUGGUACUUUUUGGCGUUUUAUUUAUCCUCAUGCUUCCUGGUUAGUAAUUUUAAAACAUCAAUAAAUACUUUAGCUACAGUUUAAAAAUACCUUUUACUCUAAUAAUGGAAACUACCAGGGUUCUACUUCUGUUGCAUAUUUUCUGUACUGGAUCUUGUUCAUGAUGGCUUGUUUUUAUUUAUUUGCUUGAAUUUUGGGAUUGUAAACUGCUUGAUAGGGCUUUAUUUCUGAGGCCUGAGACAUGAUAAACAUGGUUCUCUUGAAAGGAUGUACCUGUGUUUUCCAGCUACCUGGGUGCACCUAAUUUGGUAGUUAUUGUUUUGGGAUUACUUAGAUGGUAUGAAUCGUGCAAAUGCAAAUCCUAAAUCUAGCUUUAGAUAUAGAAAAGUAUCAUAGAAAAUCAACAGCAUUCAUGAAAAAAGAUGCUUAAAUAGGCACAUGCUUCUCUUUUUUUGUUGUCUAGGAAAUCCCCAUUUAUAUGUGUAGACAUGUACGUGCAAAUAUACGUGCAUGCACACAUGGAGGUUGAUAAUACAUAUCUUCCUUGAUCAUUCUCUACCUUAUCCUUUGAGAGGCUGUCUAAAACCAGAGCCGACCGAAUGACUAGCUAGCGAGCCUAAGGAAUCUACCUGUCUCUCUCCCUCCAAAACUAGAGUCAGGGUUAUAGGUACAAACACCCAUACCUAGGCUUUGUGUACAGAUGUUGGCAAUCUGACUUCAGGUCACUUUACUGACCAAACCAUCUUCUGACACUAGUUCUUGUUUAGCUGUAGAAUUUUCAGGCUUAUUAUCUGACAUGAGAUAAAAUACUACAUCAAAGUAGUACAGCUUUAGUUUUUCAAAUCUAAAAAUCUCUUCUGAACACUAUUUUAUAGACAUCAUAUGAGAGUAAGUCAGGAGGGCUGGGAACAUAGCUCAGUGAUAGAACACAUGUCUACCACACACAAGACCUUUCGUUUGAGACACAGCCCCAUAUAUCUCAGGCUGCCCUCACACUUGCUAUGUGGCUGAGGAUGACUUUAAACUUUGAUCCUUAUGCCUCUAUAUCCCAUGUGUUUGUCACCACUCUGUUUAUGUGACUCUGGGGAUUGAACACAAGGUUUUCAUGCAGGGUAGACAAGUACUCUAUCUACCAACAGCACCAACCCUUGAUUUGUAAAUGUUAACAUUUAAUUUACUUAUUGGCAAAGGAUAUAGAUCUACUUCAUUUCUUUUCUCUUACUAUUACUUAACAUCUUCUUCCAUCUACCUUAUAUCUAACAAUAUAUCAAGAAAGGCUACAACCCAAACUCACCUAACACUCUUAUGUUUUCAUACCUAUUGUUUUUCAUGAGAUUUUUGAUAAAUCCUUUUUUUUUUUUUGGCAUUUUCGAGACAGGGUUUCUCUGUAUAGCCCUGGCUGUUGUCCUGGAACUCAAUUUGUAGAUUAGGCUGGCCUCGAACUCAAUAAAUCCAUUAUUUUAAAGAUUUAUCACAUAAUAUAUAUUUGCCUUUUAUGUUGUGAACAUAAGUAGAAACCAAUUUUAAUAAAGUAUUGCAGGGUUAAUUAUAUUAAAAGUCUCUUUGGCAUCCAAGUAAAAUUCUUUUGAAAUGCUUAUCAUGACUGUUAUUGGGUGCUAGAUGUUGAGCCUAGGGUCUCAUGCAUAUCAAACAUGCUAUACUACAGUUAUAUUUUUGUAGUCUAAAUUGUCUUAAUGUUUGCUGUGUUAUCAAUUGUCAGUGGUUUUGCAUGCAAUAUAGUCAAUCCAACAACACUUAUACUGACUUCAGAAAUAUAUCACAAUUUCACCUUGAAGUAACUGGCAUCCUAGUGUUGGAGGUUUACAACAUCAGCAUCCACACAAGAGGAUGACAGGCAACCGACAAGAACAAAAGCUACCCUAAGGGCAGGAUGCUUAACCUUUAAGACAUGUUCAUGUUAUGACUGUUCCCAUUUCAUUAAACAGGACAAUCAUGGCAAUGCAGUUACAUAAGAGACACUCAAAGGUGAGGAGUCGUCUUGUUAGCUAGAAGGAUAUUCCUUUAACAAGGUGAUUUCUUUCAUUUCAAUGUUUAUUUUGGAUUUAUCAAAUCACUUGUAGUUUCAGUAAGGCCUUACAUCUUAAACCAACAGGCAAAGGCCAGCCUGGUCUACAGAAUGAGUUCUAGGAUAGCUAGGGCUACGCAGUGAGAAGGCCUGUCUCAAAAUCCCUGCCUCCCCCCAAAAUUUAUUUAACUCUUUAUUUUUUGCAGUUACUCCCCUUUAUUCAGGCUGUUGUUACUAGCUAAAUCAAUAUUCCUAAAUGUUUCUCUUUAUAAAGCUUUUCCUAUUGCUUUGCAAACAAGUGACACUCUUAAUAUAGCACUCCUUUGAAAAUAGUCUACUAGUCUUAGUAGUAUCUGCAAAGAAUGGAGAUCUCUUUGUUGAAUAGGCAUAUAGUAUAUACAAAUAAGAUCCUCCAGUAGGCAGGAUAAUGAUCCCCAAGAGGAAUUUGUGUCUCUAAAUCCAGGAACCCAUACAUGUUAUCUUACAUGUCAAGGGGCCUUUUCUGAUGUAGUUAUGAGUGUACACCUGAAAAUAAGAUUAUUCUGGUGAGCUCAAAACAAACAAACAAACAAACAAACAAACCCCCCCAAAACCCAAACCCAUUGUGGAAGGCUCAGGAAAUGCACUAUCCUUGGCUUUGAAGAAAGAGGUCAAGCCAAGGAGUGGAGAUUCUUCCACUUUCUAGGAAGGAAUGCAAUUUCUCUGACUUCUGGAUUUUUAGCUCUACGAGACCCGUACACAGGCACAGUGGCCUAAAAAAAAAAAAAAUCACAAGAAUUCGACAUGAAGAAUACAUUUGGCUUCACGAGCUUGUUCAGGAGAUGUUGGGACAGGCAAAAUCCAUUCAGCUCGUGCGCAGAACGCUGUGCUGGAGGCAGCAGGCUGCGUGGUGUGUGCUUCUCUCUCAGGGCGAGGCACAGUCGCUGCUCUUCUCAGAUGGCGAAGAAAACCGAACCCCAGGGGUUGCCUUGUUUGUGCACGAGUGAGUUACGAUAAAGUAGGCAAACCCAAGAAAACGCCCUCUUAAGGCUCGCCUCCUGAAGCUCCUAGACGACAAGGCCACCACAGUGUCAAUGGUCUGUGCAGGGCUCACACUGUCUUUUUCCGCCCUGGGAGGAUGUCACACACCUCAGGUCGUGGACUCCCUCAGCGAAGAGGGUCGAGGUCGCCGACUAAUGCCAAAUCUCGCGAUAUUUGGGACGUUCGCGAACUGCGCGAGGCUGACCUCGUCUGGAAGGGAAGCCGCUUCCGCCCGCUGAAAGGCUAGUCCAUCUUCUCGCGAUAUCUGGAGGGAGGCGAGCGAUGGAGCGCAGAGGCGCUCGUUCUCGCGGGAUUUACGGGCUCUGGCGAGCGUUGGCUGGUCGCUGAGGUGACGCCGCCGCGUCAGGCCCCACAUAGCGCCCCCCGCUCCGGGCGGGCGAUGCCCGGCAGCCGGCCCACGUGCCGUGCUCUCCUCGCCGCCGAGAGCGGCGGGGCUGCCGGGUGCCUGCCCCUAGCCCGAUGGACAUCUCCGCCCCGCAGUCCCGCGCAGACUCCCGCAAAGACAGGUGGUGUCCGGGAGAAAGAUGUCUUGCUCCAUCUUUGGAUAACAAAAAGCUUUGUGAAGCAAGCAUAAAAUCUAUUACUGUGGAUGGAAAUGGGAAACCUUUUGCAGUUGUCCUGUAUCCAGACUUUCAAGAAAAGACAAUACCUCUUCAAAGACUUCAAGAAGUAAAAUCAACUAAAGAUUACUCCAGAAGUCUUAUAUUUGAUGAUAAAGAUUUAGAAAAACCUUAUUUCCCAGAUCGAAAAAUUCCAUCUUUGGCUAGUGCUUUUCAAUUAUCUGAAGAUGGAGACUCAAUUCCUUAUACUAUUAAUAGGUACUUGCGAGAUUACCAAAGGGAGGGGGCUCAGUUCCUCUACAGACACUACAUAGAGGGGAGAGGGUGUAUUCUUGGUGAUGACAUGGGACUUGGAAAAACAAUACAGGUUAUUUCAUUUCUGGCUGCAGUUUUGCAUAAAAAGGGAACUCGUGAAGAUAUUGAAAAUAACAUGCCAGAGUUUUUACUAAAAAGUAUGAAAAAGAAGCCGCCUUCUACAGCUAAAAAGAUGUUCUUAAUAGUUGCUCCUCUUUCUGUCCUCUACAACUGGAAGGAUGAAUUGGAUACCUGGGGAUAUUUCAGAGUUACUGUUUUACACGGUAGCAAAAAAGACAAUGAGCUGCUUCGUUUAAAGCAGAGGAAAUGUGAAAUUGCUCUGACGACCUAUGAAACACUGCGCUUGUGUCUGGAGGAGCUUAACAGUUUGGAAUGGUCAGCUAUUAUUGUAGAUGAAGCUCAUAGAAUCAAGAAUCCAAAAGCCCGAGUUACAGAAGUUAUGAAGGCUGUGAAGUGUAAGGUCCGCAUUGGCCUCACUGGUACUGUCCUUCAGAACAACAUGAAGGAGCUGUGGUGUGUCAUGGACUGGGCUGUGCCAGGACUUUUAGGUAGCAGGAUUCACUUCAAGAAGCAAUUUUCUGACCCAGUGGAACAUGGCCAGAGACACACAGCAACAAAAAGAGAACUUGCUACUGGCCGAAAAGCCAUGCACAGGCUUGCAAAAAAGAUGUCUGGCUGGUUUCUCAGGCGUACCAAGACUCUUAUCAAGGGCCAGCUGCCUAAGAAAGAAGACCGGAUGGUGUAUUGUUCUUUGACAGACUUCCAGAAAGCUGUCUACCAAACAGUGUUAGAAACAGAAGAUGUGGCUCUGAUCCUCACAUCCUCUCAGCCUUGUACCUGUGGCAGUGGCCAGAAGCGCAGAAAGUGUUGUUACAAGACCAACUCACGGGGUGACACAGUGAGAACCUUGUGCCUUAGUUACCUGACUGUGCUUCAGAAAGUAGCUAACCAUGUUGCACUGCUGCAGGCUGCUAGCACCUCCAAACAUCAGGAAACAGUUAUCAAGAGGAUAUGUGAUCGGGUAUUUUCCAGAUUCCCAGAUUUUGUGCAGAAAAGCAAAGAUGCAGCCUUUGAGACACUUUCUGACCCUAAAUAUAGUGGGAAAAUGAAGGUCCUCCAGCAGCUUUUGAAUCAUUUUAGGAAACAAAGAGAUAAGGUUCUUCUCUUUUCCUUUUCCACCAAGCUGCUGGAUGUGCUGCAGCAGUACUGUAUGGCCUCGGGCCUCGAUUACCGGCGACUCGAUGGAAGCACAAAGUCCGAGGAAAGGCUCAAGAUUGUGAAGGAGUUUAACAGUUCACAAGAUGUGAACAUUUGUCUUGUCUCCACAAUGGCUGGUGGACUAGGUCUCAAUUUUGUUGGGGCCAACGUUGUUAUAUUAUUUGAUCCAACUUGGAAUCCAGCCAACGAUCUUCAAGCUGUUGACAGAGCGUAUAGGAUUGGACAGUGUAGAGACGUUAAAGUGCUUAGGCUAAUAUCCUUGGGCACAGUGGAGGAGAUCAUGUACUUACGACAAGUCUACAAGCAGCAACUUCACUGUGUGGUGGUUGGAAGUGAAAAUGCCAAGCGAUACUUUGAAGCAGUACAAGGAUCAAAAGAACAUCGAGGAGAGCUCUUUGGUGUCCACAACCUCUUCAAACUAAGGUCCCAAGGGUCAUGUCUUACGAGAGACAUCCUGGAGCCUAGAGACCCUGACUGUCAAGAACCCACAGAUGUUUGUGAGCUCUACAGCGACAUCAGUGAUGAGGAGUCGGUGGGCCAUUCCCUGGGAAAGACUGAUAAACACAAAUUCUCUGACACCAGUAGAACUCCAGGCUUCCCAGCACAGCUCACUUUGCUACAAUGUGGAUUCUCUAAGUUGUUUGAGGCAAAGUAUAAGUCAGACCAGGAUGGCGAUGGCAACCCUGUCCCCAGUGACGGAAGUUCUGAUGAGCAGCCCAUGUGUCUUUCUGCAGAAGCCAGACAGGCUGCUCGUCAAAAGACUUGGGACUCUGUUUGUACUUCAGAACAUCAGAAAUCAGAUAACAUCCAAACUCCAGAUGAAAAAUGUGUUUCUGAUAAAAGUGAAAAGACUUUAGAACAGAAUGUUUCUUCUGAAUCUGAUGAUGAGACAAAGGAUCACCGUACAGCUGGACAUCAUUGCAUGGGACAGGGUGACACAGAGUCAGAAGACAGUGAUGUCAUCUUUCCCACACAGUAUCCCACUCAGAGAAUCCCUAAGAACCAUAUACGCUUUAAGCUGCUGUUAGGUGAAUCUGAAGAUUCUGAAGCAGAAAACCCUGUGAAAGUAAAUCAUGGUGAUGACAGACAGAACAGUGGCAGAGGGAAUGGACCAGUUCCAAAUCUCUUGUGUCUCGAGAACAUGACCUCAAAAUCUGUUAGGAAAAGAAAAGGUACAGAUGAUAUUAGCGAUGAGUCUGAUGACAUUGACAUGUUCCCCAAGUCAAGAAUAAGAAAGCAAAGAGCCACUACUUCCUUGAAAUUUAAGAGAAAAAAGGAAAACAAAAGGAAACUUGAUAAUUCUCCUGUAACAGCAAAGGAAGCAAAUCAAGUGUGUGCAGCUGAUGGAGACCGUAGCUCUCAGGUUAUUGAGGAUUUUUCAUCCUCAGAUGACAAUUUAUCUCUCAGCCACUUGAGUUUCACUAAACUAAGUCACAGAGCAGAAACUGUAAAAGAUAAAAUCAGCUUGUCCCCCAAGCUGCCUGGCCCAGAUAAGAAAAAUAACACUUUUAUAUCAAGAAAACCACCAAGCUUUCUAAAUGAAGGAGUUAUCAGUCAAGAGCAAAUAUGCAACUCAAUGGAUAAAAUAUUAGAUGGUGUUCAGGAAGUGGCUUAUAUCCACUCAAAUCAGAAUGUGAUCGGCUCAAGCAGAGCUGAGAACCACAUGAGCCGAUGGGCAACGCGUGAUGUGUUUGAGUUGAAGCAGUUUUCCCAGCUCCCUGCUAAUGUAGCUGUUUGCAGUUCUAAGACAUACAAAACUCAGGUGAAGGCAAACAUAGUGUCACCUACAGAGAAAGAUCAACCACCAAGUGAUGGAGGCAUUUCCUCUCCUCUGUACGUAUCCCACCCUGUAGUCCAGAAAAAGAAAGAUGUAUAUCGUACUAACCAUACUACCUUCAUCAUUGGAGAAACACCAAGAGGAAUCCGCAGAAAGCAGUUUGAAGAAAUGGCCUCUUACUAUAAGCUGCCUGUAAAGGAGUUUGCUGAACAAGUUACUAGGGCCACAUCUGAAGAGCGACAGAAAAUGCUCAGAGACUUCUACAGUCUUCAGCACCCAGAGGUAAAGGAGUUCUUUGUGAAUUCUGCUUCAGAAUUGAUAAAAUCUGUCCACAAGAAAGAAGAGAGGGUGAGGAAUAAAUCUAAAGAAAAAGAAUCUCUUUUAAAAGAAAACCCCUCAAAUGAUAGUACUUUAUCAUGUUAUGAUUCCACCAACAAAAUGUCUCAAGUUUACAACAGAAAAAUAUGUGAAGGAAAAUCAGUCAGAUCUCAGAAUCAUGUUUUCCAUAGAGAAGACACAUUUUCUAGUGAUGCAGAGAUUAACAAAUCACCUGUCAGCUUUACUGAAGAGCUUCACAGUGAGAGAAAGGACCACACACCCAAGGAUACCACAACAGUCUUCUGUCCAAACAGCAACUCUGAAGCCCUGGAGGCAGAGCUAGGAAAUUCCCCAGGACGUCAGUGGGACCUCACAGGAGCAUGCGGUUCAAGAAACAGACCACUUUUCAAGUUGAGAAACAAAAGGGUAGAAAACCCAGGGUCAGAAAACACUCCUGAGGAUGGCUUACUUGGUGACACCUCUAUUCUUAACGACCUCUUUAAAAGCCACGGGGAAGGUCCCACACAGCUGCCAAAGAAUGUUCUUUCAGGACCUGUGGCAAAAGCAAAGCAGAAACCAAAAGAUUUCUGGGACAUCUUGAAUGAGCAGAAUGAUGACAGUCUCAGCAAACUCACUGACUUGGCAGUGAUAGAGACGCUGUGUACCAAAGCACCCAGUACCUCAGCCUCCAAAAGGAAAGAUGAGCUGGAAGCUUCCCUUUGGAAAGCAAACGAGAAGUUUUUGUGGAAGACAUUAAGCUCAGAUGUUGACGAUGAAAGCAUAAGCAAUACAGAGAGAGAGUAGGACAUGGACGUGCCAUUAACCUAGAUAUUGAUGAGCUGCUGGCCCUGGCUAUGGAUGUUCAUGUAUGGGGCACACUGAACAUUUGUUUACAAACUUGUGUAUUAAAUUAUUGCUUUAGUAUAAUCUAAACAGCCUAGCAUGUUAUCAUGGGUUCUUUCCCUAAUAUCUGUUUUAAUCAUUAACGCUCAUGUAUGUAGUUUAUGUAGUACUGGAGGUCAAGCCCAGGACUUUAUGCAAGCACUCUGGGCAACUGAGCUACAUCUCCUGCCCCAGAUUUGGUCUUCAGAACAAAUGUAAUUGUAUCAUAUUGUAACGUGUCAUAAUAUAACUAUUAUUAACUGGCAUCUUCCCUCCUGUGUGAGUCCGUGGCCUUACGUGAGUGACUUGCCCAUUCAUUAUCUGAAAGAUAACCGACACACAGCCUUCCACUUUUAAACUCCAGAAUGCCCCAAAGUCAAGUGGCAGCCACUGCCCUCUCCUCAUUGGCAUUGGGAACUUACUGUUUUCCUUCUUCCUUGGAAUUAUGUUCUAUUACUAUUAAAUUAUUUUAGAUAAAAGUUAUAAUGAAGACUCAACAAUUAGGACUCAAUGUAUGGCAUUAUGUUAAAAAUGCUAAUUUUUAUAAUCACUCAGAGUUUGUGUGCUGUGGUCUAAAGAAAUGGGAUUUUUAUCUUUGCCCAGGAUUCCGAUGCCUUAACUUUUCACAUUACUAUGAUUUAGUAAAUAUAAAUAGAUUUAUAGCCUAACUUUGUAUUUCUUAAGUAAAAGGAAAUGAAUAAACAUUUGAUUUUAAUUGAAA